AUGGACGACAAGAUCUCAAUCACAAUCUGCGGCGACGGCGGCUGUGGCAAGUCCUCAAUCACACUACGUAUCGUUCGCUCCGCCUGGUCUCACGACUAUGACCCUACAAUCGAAGACUCGUACUCGGUCACACGCACCGUCAACGGCCAAACCUACUCCCUCUUCCUCACAGACACUGCCGGUCAAGAAGAAUACCGCGGCAUGUGGUCCGCCUCGAACCUGACCUCUGACGCCUUCCUCUUCGUCUACGACAUCACCAACGCCCAAUCCUUACAAAACCUCGACUUCUUUGCCGAGCUGAUUGACAUGGAAAGAGAAAACAGACAAGAGCAAGGAAAGUGCUGGCCUGCCAUCAUGGUCGCCGGAAACAAAUGCGAUCUUCAGGGUCAGAGACAGGUCAGUGCUGCUGACGGUCUGGAGUGGGCAAAGAGCAGAGGCUGUGGUUUUAUGGAGACUUCGGCGCGCGAGGUCGUUAACAUCGAGGAGACUUUUGCUUCAAUCGUCAAGCGCGUAGUCGAGGCUAGAGAACAACACGCAGCAGGCAUGCGACCAAAUUUCCCAUCC